CUAGCCAAGGCCUUCUUCACACCCCUUCUCCACGCCCUUCUCGAUCGCCUUCUCAAUAGUGAGUUUGAGGAAUUCAGCGGACAUCUCGCCGAUCAUGUGGGGGCGAGCCAGCGGUGCUUGGUGGCAACUGCUGGGCUGGUGGUGCGGUGAGUGAAUACUGGUUGGUUUCUGUAGCCUCUAACGCAUCCUGAUGACCACACACACAGAGAGAUGAACUAUAGACACUAUACACUACACACAUGUGCUUCUCGCUGUAUUCACCUGCAUCAGUGUGCCUACCAGUGAUGCGGCGAUUGAUUCGUGGUAGUCGGGAGUGUCCACACACCAUCCGUACUCGACACGGGCACGCUUGAUGAUGGUCAGUUGCUGAAAGCACACACACAACACACGGAACACAUCCAUAAGCACAAAGUGUUUGCUGUGCUGUGCUUUCUCACCUCGUCAAACGCAUCCAACAUAGACUUGGCAUACACAAAGCCCUUCUUGCCCGUGUGCUUGCUGGGCGUGAAAUCCAAUACCGACGCAAGCAGGGGGUUGUCGAUCGUCGUCUUCCACUUGCAUCGGGAUGCUCUAUCGUGCCGUUUUUGCUCUUGCCUUCGCUGAGGGGUGCGUGAAAGUGCGGACAGAACGUGAUGGGCGUAGUUUGACUACCAAGGUCAAGACUGACGGUCUGUUGCCAACCGAGAGGCGGAAAUGGCUGACGUUUUGAGCUCAUUUCGGCGGAAGACACCAG